CGACGAUCAAUCCCUCCAUCAAGCUACGGAAAAAAUGGUAUCUCUCCGCUUGCUCUGUCAACUAGCAGCUCUGCUUGCUCUAUCCACUGCUCUACCGACUGAAAGCAAUGCACUGGUCCGCUUCCUGCCGAGAGAUCCUACAGAAUCCGAAGUCACCCCUGGCAGCGUUUUCGAAGCAAGACAAACGCGACCACAUUGCCAGGUCGUCCCUAUGAACGAAGAAGCAGGCCAACUGGAGAACUCCCAAGGUUCAUCGGUAGGAUUUGAAGACGAGGUGACAAUUACUGUCCAGGACCCUCAACGAGUCCAAUAUGUCGGAGGGACUCAACGUACGGGUGUCCAACUUGAACUCAACAAUCCUUCGUGCUAUCAUGUAACGAUGCACAUUGACAACAAUUCUUAUUUCAGCAACAUACCCGUCAAUCCGAGGACAACUUUAAGCCGUUGGUGGCCUCACCAGGUCCCUAUAGGCGGGUACUUUAAUAUCGAAAUGAGGUAUAAUAAUAUGGAAUAGAAUGAAUGUGUAUAGUUUUUGGGGGUUGGUUUGCUGUUGUUGUUUCGGAAACUUCUAGCCGUAAACAGAUCGCGAAUCCCCUAAACGGAUUCUAUGGUUAAGUCCAUGAUGAGUUUGUAUAUGGAGAAGCAGGCUGUUUGUUGGUUGAUCAUGGAAGCGACGUUGUACGUUCUACUCUAACGCCGAUACACGUUAUUUUACCAAUCGAAAGCUUUGUCGACGCUGC